AUGUGGAAGUCAUCAAUAUAUUCAUACCACAUAUUGGAGCCGGCGCUUCUGCAAACCAAUCGGAGCCUGAGCUGCCAAUUCCGCACGACAACACCUUUCGCGCACCCCCGUUCCGUCCGCCAUUAUGCCACCGAGCAAAGCCCAAAGAGCCCAAACGGACCUAGCGAUGCUGAGACGAAGAUUUCCACACCGAAAGAAUCAGCUAAUGCGCCAGGAUCUGUGAGCUUCCAGCAGAACCAAACUCCAGUUCCCACACCAGCUUCCAAGCCAGGCGACGCCAAUUUCGUUCCUCCGAUCUUAAGUAGACCAAUCGGCACACAAUAUCCUCCUCAAGUGGGAGAGAACACGGGUGUCGAUUCUCGAUCGCUCAAAGAGCGACGUGAUGAUUUUGUGGACUAUGAUAAGCACAUUGCCCGGCGAAAGGAAUUGACUCGACUAGUCGCAAAGCCCUAUUUCCGCGAAUGGUCCAACCUACAAUACCACAAGGGUAAAACCUUCAUCUCAAACCCCCGAUUGUUCCGCGCCGAUAAGUCAUUAUACUUCCCCAACUUCAACGGCAUAACCCUCGCUUCACCAAAAGACCCCCAAGACACAACUGCAAUCCUUCGCGGGAAAGUCAGUGUUGUCAACCUCUUCAGCAGUCUUUGGGGUGAACUGCAAACAGCAACAUUCUCAGGCAACUACAACGGCGAGGAUAAGAAUCCCGUGCUUAAGGAGAUACUCACGCAGAACUCCCAGUAUGCGCAAAGAGUGGACCUCAAUCUUGAGGAGAACCGUAUGAAAGCAUGGCUGGUGAGGCGGUUUUUGGGUCGGUUACGCAAGAAUUUCCCCGUUGAACAGCAUUCGCGAUACUUCUUGGUUGAGAAGGGGUUCAAUGAGACCUUGAGGGAGGCUAUUGGGAUGGUAAAUACAUAUGUGGGGUAUGUCUACCUCGUUGAUGCGGAUUGUCGCAUUCGGUGGGCAGGGAGUGGACCAGCACAUCCUGAAGAGUUGGAGUCGAUGCAUACUGCGCUGGAGAAAUUGAUUGCGGAACAAAAAAGUCUUACUGAGUUACGCUCUCGUCCUCGCCUAUGA